AAAUAAUAAAAGGAUAUUAAAUCUUGCAGAAAACAAUAAGUAAACAUUUUGAUAGUUUUUUUUUACUUAAUAAAAACAAAAGAUUUUUCCUUCAGAUUAUUUCCAGAUGAAUAUCAUGUUUCUAAGUAUGAUUGUGUUCAGUUUCUUGUUAUAUUGCACAAAAGCACAAUCUGAACAUUAUAAUAAAGCUUGUAAUGCAUAUGUACAAAAUGUUAUGAGCUUUUGUCUUAACACCAUCUUAAAUACACAAGGAGCAAAGUUUCCAGUGGAAUCAUUGAUGAAAUACUGUCGUCAAUUUCCAGAAUGUGAAAAGGAAUUUAAUCAAUGUAUGCUAAUGUAUUUAACACGAGGUCCAGGUGAAAAAUGUGUGUUUGCUCAAACUAUGGCUAAAACAAUAAGCAGAAAGUUAAAAUUGUAAUUUUAAAUUAAAUUCAUAUCAAUAGAGAAUUGUAUCUUUAGAAAUAAUACACAGUUCUUUGUACUCAAC